GUUCGAGAAAGCUCCAGCGGCAACGACCGCACUAGUUUGAAGCUCUCGUGAUAUCCAGAACCAUUUCUAGGUUCAGGAGACCCUCUUCUUAUGUAACCAGAUUUCUAUACAAGAGAAGUCUCUUGACUUUCUUAAACCAGUUUUCUUUUUUUCUUAUUGUCCAAUUCUCAGCCACCAAAAAUUCUCACAAUGCUUGCGAGAAGUCAACUUUUGAAGUCCUCGCGACGAGUCGCCGAUGCGACAUCGAGGGGACUUACACGACUCAACACAGCGCCUUCGCUACUUUCUAGAGCUGCGCUUAUUAGCACAGCAAAGCACAUUCCAAAUGUCACUCUACCUGCUCCCACAUACCGAAGCUAUGCGAAUGGUAGACCUCAACCACCCGGUGGUACCCACCGAAUGAAUAUGAGCGGCGAGCCCGAGAAACCUGCUUUAGAACAAUUCGGUAUCGACCUCACCGCGAGAGCGAAAGAUGGCAAAUUAGAUCCUGUUAUUGGCAGGGACGCCGAAAUUCAACGUACCAUCCAAGUCCUUUCGCGACGAACGAAGAACAAUCCGGUCCUAAUCGGAAGUGCGGGAACGGGUAAAACCGCCAUUCUAGAGGGUUUGGCAUUACGUAUAGUACGGGGUGACGUCCCGGAAAGCAUAAAGAAUAAAAGGGUUAUAUCGUUAGACUUAGGGUCACUCAUUGCUGGUGCUAAGUUUCGGGGUGACUUUGAAGAGCGAUUAAAGAAGGUAUUAACCGAGGUCCAAGAAGCCCACGGAGAAGUCAUAUUGUUCAUCGAUGAACUACAUACUCUCCUUGGGCUUGGAAAGGCUGAAGGUUCUAUUGACGCUUCAAAUCUCCUGAAACCAGCUUUAUCAAGAGGAGAACUGCAGUGCUGUGGUGCUACCACUCUUGCUGAGUACCGAUUGAUCGAGAAGGAUGUGGCAUUGGCUAGACGGUUCCAGCCGAUUCUAGUCAAUGAGCCUACAGUGGAAGACACAAUCAGUAUAUUGCGAGGUAUCAAGGAAAAAUAUGAGGUACAUCAUGGUGUCAGAAUCACGGACGGAGCUCUUGUAGCAGCCGCGACGUAUUCGAACCGUUAUAUCACCGAUCGUUUCCUACCUGACAAGGCCAUUGAUUUGAUGGAUGAAGCUGCAAGUUCAUUACGUUUGCAACAGGAGAGUAAGCCCGAAGACAUCAUGAGACUUGAUCAGAAAAUAAUGACUAUCCAAAUCGAGCUCGAAAGCUUGCGAAAAGAAAAGGAUAUAGCUAGCCGUGAACGGAGAGAAAAACUCGAGGAAGACUUGAAGAAGUAUCAAGAAGAAGAAGGGGCUUUAACGAAGAGGUGGGAGAAAGAACGAGGGGAGAUUGAUGCUCUGAAGAGGGUUCAAGGAGAAUUAGACAAGGCCCGCAUCGAACUUGACCAAGCCCAGAGAUCUGGAAACUUUGCCAAGGCAUCUGAACUACGCUUCGGUGUCAUCCCAAAUCUCGAGAAGAAACUUCCCAAGGACGGCGAGCAAGGUUCUUCAGCACAAGGCCCAGAUACUCUAAUCCACGACUCGGUCACGGCUGAUGAUAUAGCCAAUGUCGUUUCGAGAAUCACCGGAAUACCUGUGGCAAAGCUUACGUCCGGACAUGUUGAAAAACUAAUACAUAUGGAAGAUACACUUCGGGAAUCGGUCCGUGGACAAGAUGAAGCUCUCAAGGCCGUCGCGGAUGCCGUACGUAUGCAACGAGCCGGCCUAAGCGGAGAUAAUCGGCCCCUCGCCUCAUUCUUUUUCCUCGGACCUACCGGCGUCGGUAAAACCGAGCUAUGCAAGAAGCUUGCCGCAUUCUUGUUCUCGACCGAAUCAGCAGUUGUGAGAUUCGACAUGAGCGAGUUCCAGGAGAAGCACACAAUAUCAAGGCUUAUCGGCGCCCCAUCCGGAUAUGUAGGUUACGAGGACGCCGGCCAGCUUACCGAAGCUGUGAGAAGGAAACCGUAUGCGGUCCUGCUAUUCGACGAAUUCGAGAAAGCGCAUCGCGAUAUCUCAGCCCUACUCCUUCAGGUCCUUGACGAAGGUUACCUGACCGAUGCUCAAGGCCACAAGGUGGACUUCCGAAAUACUAUCAUCGUUCUCACGUCUAAUCUCGGCGCCGAUAUCCUCGUGGGCGCCAACGCACAUCACCCGUAUAGCGAGACACCCGACGGUGAGAUUAGCCCCGAUGUUCGUAAAGCCGUACUCGACGUGGUCGGCUCUAGCUACCCGCCGGAGUUCCUCAACCGUAUCGACUCAUUCAUCGUCUUCAAGCGACUCACACUCGACGCUCUACGGGACAUCGUCGACAUCCGGCUACGUGAACUCCAGGAACGGCUCGACGACCGCCGCAUCACACUCCAGGUCGGCGACGAGGUCCGCAACUGGCUCGCUGAGCGCGGGUACGACCCUAAGUUCGGAGCAAGGCCCCUCAACCGUCUUAUCACCACCGAAAUCAGCAACGGCCUUGCUGACAAGAUCAUCCGCGGAGAGCUCAAGAGAGGCGAUCGGGCUGUGGCUCGUGUUAAGGAAGAUAACACCGGCCUAGAAGUCUUCCAGAUCCCGGCGCAGGCGGAGGCAGAACAGCAGACUGAAUCCGGAUCUUCGUGAUUUACCUGUGUGUAUUCAGAAUAUGGCGUUAAUUGGUCCGCAAGGAAUAAAAAAGGGAAUUGGGGUUUGAAAGUAAAAGGUAUUCAGGGGCUGUAAAAUAUGGAUGUGCGAUGAUGCACUGGUAAAUGAUUGUAUGAUGAUGAUUAUAUAUACCUAGGUGUACAGGACCUCUCGUCUC